GUGUUUAUUCUACUCUGUUCUUUCUUUAGCACCAGCAUCUGAAAUUCAGCUGAGUAGGUCAUACAGGAUCACUUCAUAUGGCAUCAGAGGAUCAAAACAAGGAAAAAGAGGGGGGUCCUAACCUUCCGACAGCUCCUUUCCAAUGGGGAGCCAUCCUGUCUGCAGUGAAAGAUCAGAUUCCUUCAAUGGAUUCUGACACAUUAGUGUCUGAUUGCAAUGAAGAUGAUGGGGAGCUUUUCAUCUUCCAGCGUGAUCAACCCAACCUGGUUCCUGACUUCUCAGAGGAACUUGAAGACCUUCCUCCAGAAGAAGCACACUUGCAGAAAACAUUUGAGUUUAUGAGACAUCCAAGAGAGACCUGGAAUGAAGAUGGAGAAGGUUCAGCUUUUCAGAAAGACAAGAGUCCUAGGGGACUUGUGUUACUAGACAAGGGCGGAUUUGAUCUUGUGACGGAAGAAAAGUCAAACCAACAGGCCAUUGCUCCUUCAGUGUCCUCUACAAAUGAGCAUAAACCUGGAGAGGGAAUCUCAGGGGUCCCCAGAGACCAAGAACGAGAUGUCAGGGAAAAUAAGGGGAGACUGAGCUCUUCACCUGAUACAUUACCAUCUGUGGAAGUGUCACCUCUUUUGGUGCUAAACACCAGUGAAAAAGAACGAAGGAAACUAAUAGAAACUAAAAUUCUCUCCAAGGCGACAUUGGGACCCCCUUCUGGAGAACUAGGUCAUCCCCAAACAAAAAACAAUAACAACAAUUUAGAAAUUGCAGAACAGGAGCCAGGAGCUAUUUCAGCUGAACACCCCCGAGAGCUGAUGCUUUUUGCCUUCAAGGACAUUGAGAAGUGGAAUCUAGACAAGGUACUACAGGACCUGGAGAAGCAAAGUGGCGAUAGAAAUUGUACAGUGGAGGCUGCUUUUCCUUCAGUGAACCAUGAAGCUGUCAGGGCUCAGUCACAAACAAGGCUCAUGGGAAAGCUGGAAGAGCUAUGCCUCAAGCAGUCAAGGGCAUUUUUCUCACACCGCAGGAGGUGCCUUGCCAAGUUUCCCAACUUCAAUGAGUGCCAGGGAGAUGGGAGAGAUGUACCCAUCCUGGCAUCACGGACAAACGGCCAAAGCCUUCCUCCAUUUGAACUGCAAUGUUUUCCAGAGCCGCCAACGGUAUAUAUUGAUCUAAGGGACACAACAUCUCAGAAGUCUGAGUCAUUGGCUGAUGAACAGCAAAGCUGGAGCAGCAGCUCCACAGAUGAGGAGGAGGAGGAGGAGGAAAUGGAAGUGACAGACCGAGAGAAAGUGGAAGAGGGGAUGAAAGAGCUUCCCCAGCCAUCACGCAAGGAUUGCACUGCGAAAAGCUUUCUGCUGCAGCAGCUCCGUUACUUUCGCAAGACAUCUCAGUCUUCAUCUGUUGCUCAGGACAAGGAAAAGUGCCAGAAUCUCAAGAGCUCAGAAGAAAAUGACCAGCUGGGAGUCAGGAGAAGACAGAGCCUAAAACUGAGGAGACUGACCUCCACGGGGCCAGAGAAUUCAGAAUCUAGUGCAAGAAGCUUCCCCACUCUGGAUCUUAACAGUGUGGCGAGGAGCUCAAGAGAACUCAAGGAAGAAACCAAGAAAGGGUCAAACAAAGAGACACCUCGAGACUCUGCAGACAAAGACACAGGAUACCCAAGGACAGAAGAAAGCCAAAAAGAAAAGCAGGCAGAAGAGAAGCUCAGGAAACAGAGGCUCAAGGAGCAGCUGGAAAACUUAAAACCUCAGCACUCCACCACUGGAAAGCAGCCCAUGGCAGAACAGACCCCCGUCUUAUUCCAUACGGAGGCCUCCUACCUUGCCCCUGUCAACACACUGCCCACCCCAAAAGGCGCCAAAAGAGAGAUGCUGCUCAUGACCAUUUGGUUAUCUAGCUGUGGACAGGUUGCCCCUUGCUGCCAGCAGACCAGCUUCUUUCCCGGAACCACCUUGGCAGCAGCUAGCAUCUACCCUGCAGUUGUGACCUGGCUCCUGUCUCUGGUACCCUGCCUGGGAGCAAGAGGAGAGAGCAAAGCACCAUUCCAGGUCUUGGGGCUGCAGCAGAUCUGGUAUAACGAUGCCCUGUCACUCCACGCUUGUUUAACACCAGUCAGCGAGUCGGAAGUCCACAGCAGUUGGAAGUGUGAAGUAAGCAGCAGCACUGCAACUGUCUUUCUGUUCCACUGUUGAGUAAGAGCCGCUGUUCUUUGUUCAAUGUCAU